UAUGUAUCUACUGCUAUCAAUAAAUGCGCAGAAAUGAAUAUAUGAUCGCCAGUGUUCCCAUUUCCACACAGUAUAAUAACAGCUUGAAAAAAUGCAAGUGGGUACUUUUCUUCUCAUUUCUGCAGCAAUGAGUCAAACUCCCUUUGAUACCUUCUUUGAUUUGCUUAAACUUUGCACUACACUUGGUGGUUGACUAGUGUGUGUGCGUCCCUGAAUUUGAUGCUCUCUCUCUCUCUUUUCAGUUCCAUACACCAAAGGGUUGGCAGUCUGGCACUGUGUUAGGUGGAAGGGAAGGGGCUAUUUUGAAUUUUCCCAGCAAAGCUCUAAUCUUUUCGCGUUCUUGCUAGUCUUCCUGGGGUUGUAAGAAGGCCAGAAUCGGAAUCUUUUGUUUUGAGGGAGAAUGAAACUGUAAUGUAAUAGUUUGGCUAAUAACUUAAAGUUAUUGCCUUAUUGGGACUACCCCUUGGCCCCUUAGGUAACCCCUCUGAUUGGUUCAGACUCAGAGAUCAAGAUUGGGAUGUGGGUCUUUCUGGUUUGAUGAAAUUGAUGGAAAUCCCUGGAAAGUGAUUGUGUUUGGUCAGUUCUUUGAACUUGGGUAUUAUUUUUAGGAUUCAAAGGUUCUUUGUUUUUUUUUUUUUUUUUGGGCUUUGGGGUUUUGCUUUUCAGUUUCCACUCGGCCUUGAUUGUAUAGGUUGUGGGUGCACUUGUUUAAAAGUUUUUUGCUAAUCAUUUUCUCCAUUUUGUUUAGAAACAUAGGAAUCUUGGAGAAGAAACAGGCACUGUUUUUGUAAAUUGUUGUGGUUGUGCUUAGGGAGAAACAAUAUAAUAUAGGGAGGAGGGGAAAUUUAGAAUGUGGUCAAAUUUUGAAAUGUUAGAUCUAUACCUGUGACAGAUCAUUUUUAUGUGGAUGGACUGAGACAAUAAGACAAUAAUCUGCAAUGUUGAGGUGGUUGUUUCUUGCAUUGUUUAUUGCCUCGGUUUUUGUUUCUGUGUCAGCUAUUGAUUGCCACUGUGAUGAGGAAGGAGUGUGGGGAAUAGAGAGCAUUCUAGAAUGCCAGAAAGUGAGUGAUUUCUUGAUUGCAGUUGCUUAUUUUUCGAUUCCUCUCGAGUUGCUGUACUUCAUUAGCUGCGCUAACAUUCCUUUCAAAUGGGUUCUGGUUCAAUUCAUAGUGUUCAUAGUGCUGUGUGGAUUGACCCAUUUGCUCAAUGGAUGGACUUUCAGUGCCCAACCUUCCUUCCAAUUGAUAAUGUCUUUGACGGUUGUGAAAAUCAUGACUGCCCUCGUCUCGUGUGCGACUGCAAUCACGCUGUUGACGUUGUUCCCGCUUAUUCUCAAGAUCAAAGUGAGGGAGAUCUUCUUGAGGCAGAAUGUUUUGGAGCUGGAUCAAGAGGUUGAUAUGAUGAAGAGACAAAAGGAAGCGAGCUUGCACGUUCGUAUGCUAACACGAGAGAUUAGAAAGUCGAUUGAUAAGCACAGGAUAUUGUACACUACUCUGGUUGAGCUUUCGAAAACUUUGAAUCUUCAGAAUUGUGCGGUUUGGAUGCCAAAUGAGAAGGGAGCGGAGAUGAACCUGACCCACGAGCUGAACCCCGGUGCAGCUCGAGAAAAGUGUUCCCUUUCGAUUAAUGAUCGAGAUGUGGUAGAGAUAAAAAAGAUCAAAGGGGUGAGGAUUCUGAGGCAAGAUUCGGUUCUUGCAGCAGCGAGCAGUGGCGGGACUGGUGAACCAGGUGCUGUUGCAGCUAUUUGGAUGCCAUUGCUGCAAGUUUCGAACUUCAAAGGUGGAACACCCGAGGUUUUUAGCCCUCGUUAUGCCAUUUUAGUCUUGGUUCUUCCGAGCACUACUGAUCAUAGUGUUUGGGGCAAUAACGAGAUGGAGAUAGUGGAAGUGGUGGCUGAUCAGGUGGCUGUGGCUUUAUCCCACGCCACCGUGCUUGAAGAGUCUCAAUCAAUGCGGGAGAAGUUGAAAGAGAGGAACCAUGUGUUGCAGCGAGCGAAAGAGGAUGCCGUGAAGGCUAGCCACGCUAGGGAUUCUUUCCAAAAAGUGAUGAAUAAUGGGAUGAGGCGGCCAAUGCACUCAAUCCUAGGCUUGCUUUCCAUAUUUCAAGACGACAAUAUAAACCCCGAGCAGAGAAUUAUCGUCGACACAAUGGUGAAAGCCAGCACGGUUCUCUCAACUCUAAUGAGUGACGCAAUGGAGAUAACCGCCAAGCACAAUGGGAAAUUCCUCGUCGAAACUAGGCUCUUUCACCUACAUUCAUUGAUCACCGAAGCCUCUUCCAUUGUGAAGUGCAUGUCCGUUUACAAGGGCUUUGGUUUUUGGGCAGAUAUCCCAAAUUCUUUGCCUAAUCAGGUGAUGGGCGACGAGAAGAGAACAUUUCAGGUCUUGUUGCAUAUGGUUGGGCACUUACUAAAUGUCAGCGAUGGAAAGGGCUCUGUCAUAUUCAGGGUGGUUCAAGAAAGCGGAACCGAGGAAGGAAAUAAUAAAGUUUGGAAUACAAGAAAACCUAGCCCAGCUGAUGAUUGGGUAACGAUUAAAUUCGAAAUUGAAGUCAGUGUUGAAGGAUCUCGACCAGACAGCUCAGUUUCGACAAUUCAUUUCGGUGGUGGCAGUCAUAACUGCAAAGAUGUAAAGAAGGGCUUGAGCUUCAACAUUUGCAAAAAGCUUGUGCAGAUGAUGCAAGGAAAUAUAUGGAUGUCGUCGGAUUCUCAGGGUCGGGCACAAAGCAUGACACUGAUUCUCAGAUUUCAGAAGCAGUCGUCUUAUAGAAGGCGUGUCUUCGAGUGUAAAAAUCCCCGGGAGAAACAGCUUUCGAGCCCUACGUUUGAGGGGAUUCAGGUGCUCCUAGCAGACGAUGACAAUGUGAAUAGAAUGGUGACUAAGAAGCUGCUCGGGAAGCUAGGCUGCAAGGUGUUUGCUGUCUCGACUGGUUUUCAAUGCUUAAGUGCUCUAGCGCCCUCGGGAGCCUCUUUCCAUGUCAUCAUCCUGGAUCUUCACAUGGCUGAAAUGGAUGGAUUUGAAGUGGCAACGAGGGUUCGGAACAACUUCCGGGGCCGGGGUAGUCGCCCCUUGAUCAUAGCCCUUACAGCAAGCUCAGAGGAACAUGUGUGGGAGAAAUGUAACCAAGUGGGGAUGAAUGGUUUCAUACAAAAACCUGUCCUCCUUCAAAGACUAUCAGAUGAGCUGCAGAGAGUCCUACAUUCUGCCCGUGAAGGCCCAAGACGAUGAACCUGAGGGCGUUACGCUUCCCAUUAGACCGCCAAGCCAGCAAGGCAGCAAAUGCUCAAUUGGUGAGGUUCUACCACAUACAAUUUUAUGUUGGGUUGCAGUCUGGUUGGCUUAUUAUGUAAGAUUACUAUCAUUCUUUCUUCUUUGGAAACAAAUGAAGGAAUAGACAAUGUUGAACAUAUUUUUCUGCAAACUUGCAUUCUGAAGUGUUUGUUUCCUGGUACAUCCUUUGGAGUUAAAAAGAAAUAAUAAUUUUUUUUUAAAAGAAA